UGCCGCUCACUUCCGGGUGCGGCGGGGACCAUGUCGGAGGGGCGGCCGCUGCGGCUGCUGGCCUUGCACGGCUACAGGCAGAGCGAGCGCCGCUUCCGCCAGCGCACCGGCUCUCUGCGCAAGGCCCUGCGAGGCCGUGCUGAGGUGGUAGCCUUCGAUGCUCCGCACCUCGUGCCCGGCACUGAGGAGGAAGCGAGCGACGACCCCCCACGUGGGUGGUGGUUCUCCAGGCCCGGCACCUUUGAGGCCUCGGAGGCAGCGGAGCAGCCGGCGGGGCUGGAGGAGUCGCUGGAGGCCGUGGCGAGGGCGCUGGAGGAGCACGGACCCUUCGAUGGGCUGCUGGGCUUCAGCCAGGGUGCGGCACUGGCCGCUAUGGUGUGUGCCCUGCGGGCCCGCGGCGAUCCGCGUUUCCCCAUCACCUUCGCCAUCCUAGUGGCCGCCUUUGCCAGCCGCGCCCCGGCCCACAACCACUUCUACCGGGAGCCCAUCGCUCUGCCCUCGCUGCACGUCGUGGGCGAUGCCGAUGCUGUCAUUGCCGCGCACCUCAGCGCUGAGCUGGCGCGGUGCUUCGUGGAGCCUGUCGUCAUCACACACCCCGGCGGGCACUUCGUCCCCGUGGCCGCGCCACAGAAAGAGGCCUACCUGGACUUCUUGGGACGCUUCCGCCCUGGGCAGGGCCAAGCUGAGCAGCCAGAGGCCGGGGCAGUGUGAUAACAGUGUCUGUAAUAAGCGCGGGGCUGCUUGGUGAAGCAUCUUGGUGCAGAGCUCGCUGUUUCUGUGCUCUUCGGAGAGGUUGUCACGAUCUCUCUGUGCUCUUUUGUAGUGUUAACGCAGUGAAUUCUUCUGUAUCUCCUUUCUUUGCAGCUUUUUUGUGUAUAUGGGUAUGACAGAGUGGGUUGCAGACAGGAGAGCGACGCAGCUGUGCCUGAUGGGUUUUCAGAGGCUUAACACAGCCCUUCAAAAGUGUGAUCUCAGCCAGAGGAAGUGGCUGCAGAGCACGCAGCGCUUGCAGUUUUUAUAUCCAAAAGGUUUGUGUUUUCAGUAUUCCCUACCAAAACUAUGAAGCCAACCUUUCAGCUGGCCUGGAAAAAGCAUUUCCUGGCAGUGCCAGGGUUGGUGUUUGUCUUGUGCAUUAAAUUUCUUUGCUGGUUCA